AAAGUGUAUUAUUAUUAUGUUUUACUACGGUUUCUGGUAAUAAUAUUUUAAUAUUUUGUUAAUUAAUUGUUGUUCAGAAUACCGAUUCUGGAAAGUGGAAACUGGAAACUGGACGUGUGAUGUCUGAAUUCAGUAUACAGACUAUAAUAUUCACUAGACAGUAGACCGUGGUUGGUAGUUUGUACUCAGAGUAGCAACAUGUUGCAAAACUAGUCGUCUCGUUGUUUCGCGGGAAUGGAAACAAGCGAAAUGAAGACAAAAACUCGACGACACACAUAUCAUACUUUCGCUUCCAUCGUACGAAAGUGCAUAGUCAAGUUUUCAAUAUAUUAUUAGUUACUCGGUCCAGUAUAAUAACUUUGUCAUUAUAUAAACUCCCAGUUUCGAGUUUGUUUAUUGCCAUUAAAAAUGAGAAUAAUAACAAAUUUAGUAUUAAAAAAAAAACCGCAUGGAUGAUUGAAAGCAGAUAGAUAUGGUAUAUUCUAUAAAAAAAUCAAAAUGGGUGGUACAUCUACCAAAUUCAAAAAACAUCUACAGCGAGGGGAUGAAUACGCUGCUAUGCGGUUGUAUUCAAACUCUCCGGAACUUAAAGCUCUAGAUCCCAAUUGGAGCUAUGGAGAUAGUCAUAAUAAUAAUACUCUUUUAUAUUAUGCAGCAAAACAUGGAAUGAAACACUUACUUAGGGCUUUCUUAAAUGAACAUAAUGGAAAUCCAAAUAAAAAAAAUAACUCUAAUGAAACAGCACUUCAUGCAGUUUGUUCUCUUUCUCCACAAAGCCCUUACUCUGCACAAGAACGCCGUGCUGCCUGUGUAACAAUACUAUUAAACUGGCAAGGAGUAGAAUUAUCAGAUGGAAGGAGAGAGAAAAUACGACUGAGUGUUCAAAAUAAUGAUGGAAACACUGCACUUCAUCUUGCAGCGGCUUCAGGUUUACAGUACUGUGUUGAUUUGAUGCUUUCACACGGAGGAGCCCCAAUUUUCAAGACUAAUAACCAAAAAGAGACUGCUUGUGAUUUGGCUGUGAAAAAUGGAAACGAGACCUUAGCUCGUAAAUUAGAGUCUCGAAUGGUUUUUGGUGAAGACCUGAAAGAUAUUUUCACUGUUGUGGAUGAUUAUGAUUUUGGAGAGGAGGAAACAUAUGCUGGGUUGCGCACACAAGACUUACAAGAAGCAAAAGAUCAGUUAUUGGUAGAAACUGCUGAUAUGUUGAAUUUGCCAUUAUUUACUGCUGAAGCUUUGCUUAGGAAUAAUGAAUGGUCUAGAGAGAUUUUACUUGAACGAUGGGUUCGUGACCCAGACAAAUGUUGUCAAAUUGCUGGAGUACAGGUACCCAUGUCUGUGCAGUCAACAAAAAAAUUUUAUUUGAAUGGGUUAUUACAACAGACAAAUUUAAAUGAAGAAGCUCAACUUAAUGUUAAUGAUCAAACUAUUUGUGAUAUUUGCUUGAAUGAACUGCCAUUAUCUGAUUGUUCAAUUAAAUUGUGUUGUGAACAUAAGUUUUGUAAUUCAUGUUGGAAACAAUACUUAACAUAUAAAAUUAAAAGAAAAGACUCUAGCAACAUCUGUUGCCCAGCUUUACACUGCCAUAUUUUAGUUCCAACUGAACUUAUUGAAAAUGUUGUUAGUCCUGAAAUGGCUCGGAGAUAUUUUGAUCUUAAUAUUGAAUCUUUUGUUGAAAGUAACCGUUCCAUUAAAUGGUGUCCUGUUCCAAACUGUGGACUUGCUGUUCGCCUACCAAUCAGUAGAAAACCAAAAACUAAUUCUAAAAUUGCUCGUUCAGUUGACUGUGGCAGAGGCCAUUAUUUUUGUUGGGAAUGUAUGGGAGAUGCUCAUACUCCGUGCAGUUGUCAACAAUGGUCUCAGUGGAUGACUAAAAUAUCUGAAGUUAAACCAGAUAAAAUACGAGAGACAACCGCAGAGUAUGAAGAAGCAGCUAAUAGUUUGUGGUUGGUCACAAACUCAAAACCCUGUCCAAAUUGCAACUCGCCUAUACAGAAGAAUGAAGGCUGUAAUCAUAUGAAAUGUUCAAAGUGUAAGUUUGAAUUUUGUUGGAUAUGUCAAGAAAGCUGGAAAAAACAUGGUUCAGCUACUGGCGGUUUUUUCCGUUGCAAUCGUAUGAAUGCUGUUUGCAAAGCUGAUGAAAAACGUGGUCUCCUUGUAAAAGAAGCUCAACAAAAGAAUAAGCAAAGUUUGGAAUUAAGUAAAUUUCUUCAUUAUUAUACUAAAUUUAAAAAACAUGAAGUGACUCGCACAAUGGAAGAAUUGUUUGUAGAAAUUGUCAAAAAUUGGAGAAUAGCUCUUUCAGCUGCCUUAAAUAUAUCUGAAGAUGACGAGCGUACAAAAUUUGUAGAAGAUGCAGUUGUUGAAGUGCAGAAAGCGAAACGUGUUCUGUGUGCAUCAUAUGUGUAUGGGUUUUAUAUGCUAUAUAGUGCAUAUAAUAGAAAUAUUUUAGAGUUUAUGCAGAAUGAAGUUGAGGAAGUUACUGAAAAGUUAUCAGGAAUGGUUUUAAGACAAUAUUUAUGUAAUCCAAGAAGUGCCAUUAUUAAUACUACUAGUAUAUUAAGACGAAAACGCCAUGAAUUUAUUAAUGCCAUAUCAGAUGGAUCUAUAUCUUUAAAAAGCAUGCCUUCUAUUCCACCAAAUGUUACCAAACCAAAAUCAACUACCAUGUCUCAAAAGCAUAUAAAUGCUACUGCUAAAGAUUUAUUGAAGAAAGCAAUUGGAGAUUCAAUUCAAAUUGAUCCAGAUAAUCCGUGGAUUGUAGAUUCAAAAGGAAGACAUCGUAACCUUACUGCUAUAUUAGAUUGGCCUGAAAGUUGUUCAGAUGAAGAAGAGGAAACUGAAUUGGAUCGAGCUCUAGCUGUGAGUGUGUUUGGCCAGUGUAAAAUGGAGCACUGUAAAAAAGCAAGAGUGAGGAAUCCUAGAACAUCAAAAUUCCAUGAAUACUGUAGCUUAAGGUGCAAAAAUACUCACAAAACUUUGUUAGAAGAGCGAAAAAAGGAAAAGCGUACCAGUAUUGUUGGUACUUUUGCAAUGGAUCUUAUUGUUGCACUUGAAAUGUCUAGACUUCAAAUGAUAAAAGAUGCUCAACUAAAGAAAAAGUCAGAGAUCGAAGAAGCAAGUUGUAGCAAAAAUUAUUCAGAAGUUGUUGAAGAUUCAAAUGAUGAUGACCAGCAAUUGCAAAUGGCUUUACAGAUGUCUUUAGAUGAAAUUGCAAUGGCUAAAUCCAAAAAUGUAUCAAACUCUACAAAUGACAAUGAAACAAUUUUACUUACAAAAAAUAUUCCUGAGAAUACUAUUUUAAAAACAGAUAUUCCUCUUAUCUUACCCAAAUGUAGUGGUAUACAACUAGAUGAUGGUGUGUUUAAAGUAGGUGAUUUACACAAAAACAGUUAUUAUUUAGAUUUUAGUGAAGACAUAUACAGUCGUAUGGAAAAUAAAAAUCUUAGGCGAUCAUUGUCUUUUGGUGAUCUACUCUCACGUAGAGAUUUGUACAAAAAUAAUCGAAGAUAUUGUGUUAAUGUGUAUCAUAUGAACAGUGAUGACAGACAAGAUAAAAUAGAUAGAAAACGUGGAAAACUGAAUCACGGCUUUCAAGUAUUGCCUAGAAGAACUGCUUCCAUUCUCAUGGAAAUUAACAACAAUGGUGAAUGUCGUGCAGUCACAUCAUUGGAUGAUAGCAAUAUUGCCGCUCCUAUAAGUUCAGACAAAAAACUGUGCAAUAUCUUGGCUCAACUGUAUUGGCAAAACUCAUCUAAACCAUCUAGCGUUACAUUACCCAAACGUUUAAGUAAAAUAGGAAAAACCGCUGCCCUGGAUACAUCAGAUGAAACAUUAGAGAAUGAGUCAAAAACUCCUGAUGAACUACCUAUCAAGCCUGAACUAAACAUUCGAAUUGAAAAGUUCAGUAGUCAUUCUGAAGACAGUGCCGAUAAUGAUAUAUCCGCUGAUAUAGAAUCAGAUACAGGUAUCCCAAAGUCACCAACACUCUUCAUAUCCGGUGUAUCUAUAAAUCGUACGCCAGAAACUAAGUCACCAGUAUCAGGUCGUCAACUGAGGUCAGCAAGCUUAACAGUACCAAAGUUUAUGUUAAAGCCCCUUUACAAAGGUACAUCGGCUGAUAAUUUAACUUCAUGUAAAGAAUGCAACGUUGUCCAUACAAAUAAAGCACAUUCCUAUCAAACUUUGUUUAGUGAAGAUAGGAUGUGUGCUUCAGCUAAUAUGGCCGACAAAAGUAAAUGUGUAUUUACAUUUCCAAAAUCAAUGACUGACGGUGAGUUAUUUUCAACAUUACAUAUCGAUAGAAACAAGUUAAGCUCAGAUGAUUUUCAUGAAGCUUUAUUCCUUAAGAGACGGAAACACGAACAACAUUAAAUGCCAUAUUAUAUCCUAUAUUUAUAAUUUAUGUAGGUACAAUAUAAUAAUUAAUAUUAUGUUUAUAUACAAGUCUCUCUAAAGGCUAUUUCUUUUCUUUGGUAUUAAAUAAAUCUACCAAUUAUUCGUAAGUAUUCCUUAUAUAUAUAUAUUUAUUUAAAUUAAGUUGAUUUAUUCUGUUUUGCAUUUUUACUAAGCAAAGGUUUUUCGACUUAAUCUCCAUACAACUUUCUUAUUAUACAAGAUACAACACUAAAAUUUUUCUGAAGACUUAAAUUUUCUAGUCUAUGCAAUAUAAAAAAAGUAGUUUUUAAGAAGAAAAUAUGCCAAAAAAUCUACUCUUUUUUUCAUACCUAAUAGUUAUUAACGGUUCCUAAAUGGGUUGCAAAAUAUUUUGUAUUUUAUUUUUAGAUUUUAUACUAUGUUUAAAUUAUCUUUUUUAAUUAAAUUAAAUUUAGUCUAAUUAUUGAUCAAAUCUAACAUAAUUGAAUACAUUAAAUACUUUUGUUUAGUUGGUCGUUAUUAUAUCUAAAAUAGUUAUUAUUUUUUUUUUAUUUAUUCUUAAAGGAAAGUACUUACAAGUUUUUUAAAUAUUCCAUAGCUUCUUUAAAAGAACAAAUUUCAUAUAAUCAAAUUUUAAUUUUAAAUGUUCAAUUUUUAUUAUUUAUUUAUUUUUUAGUUUUAUAUGUAUUAAAUAAGUUUUUUGCAACCCUCGCCCCUAAAUCUUAAUGCCAUUGUAUUAAAGUCUGAAAAUAUUUAUAAUAAAUAUAUACUUACAUUUUUUUGAACAAUUAUUUUAAUUUUGCCAUACAAAUGUAUUUAAUAAAUAUACUUAAAUUUUACUAUUCCACAGCAAAAAAUUGUCAUUUUUGAACAAGUAAUCUAGUUGUACCGAUUAAAAAGUAAAAUUAUAAGCAAAUCUUUGUCAUAUUAUUUUUUGAUCCCUGAUUAAGGAUACUGUACAUUUUACUUAAAUAAUAUAAUAUGUUCAGUCUAAUUGCUACGAACAACUGUCUAAUAAACACUAGAAGUUAAAAAAUAAAUAAUUUUAUGCCUAUGAUAUUACAAUCACUACGAUUAUAUCAUACAAUUGUUUUUAAUAUUCGAUCUUAUACUUUUAAUAACUUUUUAGAAACAUUGUGUUUAGUUUAUUGUUAACAUGUUUGAAUGUUAAAAUAUUUAAUCAUAUUUUAUUUAACUCUGCAUGUUUAAAGUAUUCGAGUAUAUUUUUAAAUACAUUAAUGUUGUAUGAAAUUGUUUGGUUAAGAUGUUUAAGUCUUUUAGUUAUAAUUAUUAUAAGAUGUGAUAUACUAUAUAGGUACACUUUUAAUCACCAAACUAAAUAAGAUUUUCUUUUGUAGCCUUAUUUGGUUUCAAAAUAAUAUAUUAUUUGUAUUUGUAGUUAAGUUUAAAAAUAAUAAUCUAAUCACUGUUUAUUAUUUGGACAACAUGAUUGUGCCUAAAAUUGCUAUAUAAUAACCCAUACAUAUUAUAGAAUAUAUUUCUUCGGUUGAUUAUUGUCAAGAUUACCAAUUCAUUUUUUUUUUUAACAGUACAAUAAUUCUACUCUGAUCAAUGAUUCUAUCAGUUAAAUAAGUUAUCAUUGGGUCAAUUUUUGUAUGUUUAUAAUAAUAUUAAGAACCUCUUAUUAAAUGAACAGUUAAUGUAAUUUUAUGACAACUGGAAAGACUUUGAGAAUAUAUUCUAUUGCAGAGGUUUUCAACCUUUAUGGCUCCUUCGAUUUUGAAAACAAUAUAGACAGCUCCCAUACAAAUAAUGAUAAUAAUAAAAUAAACAAAUUUACAUUAUUUAGUGCGGACACGGCACUUCCCCUAAUUACAUUGGAAACCUAUAUUCUAUUGUAUAAACAACAACAAAAAAUGUACUUAAUUAUUUGUAAAUAUAUUUUAUAUGAAUUGUAUCCUCUGAUUUGGCCAUACAAACAUAGCGCAUAUGGAGUUAUAUUAUAUAAUAAUUGUUCAUUACCUGUAUUUUAUUUAUAUUGUCAUUUUUUUUUUUUCAAAAUUGAUUCUGUUUAAGUGUGUA